CUAACAACACCAUAGGGCUGUCUCGUGUGGCAAUUUCAACGGUUCUGCUACUCUCCAUUGUGCGGCUUUUUCUGUUGUAUGUAACAUGCAACAACCGUCAGCCAGCCAGAGCCAAUGCUUCAAUAUUCCCAGCAUGCUUUAGGCGUCAACAUCAGCUGGAGCAUACCUAUACCCCAAACAACAUACCAAACCAUCGUCCCAUUCAUAAAUUCAAAGAUACCAUACCCGCAAGCCCCUCACCAUCCCAUCCAGCAACUAUCACUUGCCCCGCUGUCACUGUAUGGCCCGGUUUCCGACGAUCACCUCCAUCGCUUCCAAGGGGAUGGGAUUUGGCCAUGGGGCCUCCCGCAACCCAUAUUCCCAACUACACAGCAAGUAGUGGGUUGGUAGGCAUCAGCGUACACCCCGUUGGCACCUACCUAUCAAGCGUGGCACGUUGGAUUCGGCUCCAACGGAUAGACUUUCGAGGAUGAUGGUUUGCGACGGGUGCGGCUUUGUUAUCCAGGUGAGAAUGGGGUUCUCGCUUUCUGGUGACGUUCCAUGAACUCUACCCAGGUGCCAUCUGUCAACCUUCUAUUGCCCAAUAGAGAAUGUCACAUGUGAUAACGAUUAGUAUUGAGCAGUCAUGAAACACCAUGACGCUUCUUGGGUAGAAGUCUAUCGUUGCCCCUCUAUCAAGUUCUUUAUUCCCCUCUUUUCAAUCUAUACAUUUGCUAUACAACUCACCUUUCUGCCUAUUUUCUUUCUAUUUUCCUGUAAACAAUCCAAUUUUGAAUCACCGAAUCAACCAUACACGUUCCCUCAUUCUUAUUUCUCUACAUCACUCUGAUACCCCAACAAAAUGAGACUCAUCAUUAGAGAAGACCCGGCUUCAGCCUCAUCAUAUAUUGCCAACUACAUCAUCAGUAAGCUACCCUAUGUUCACUUUGUCUAUAUGAUUAUAUCUAAUAUUUUCAAGACAGAAUCAAAAGCUUCAAACCAACCAGCGAACACAAGUUUGUUCUCGGACUCCCAACCGGGUCGAGUCCAGUUGAUAUCUACAAAAUCCUCGUGGAACAAUACAAAGCGGGCGAGAUAUCCUUCGAAAAUGUUAUCACUUUCAACAUGGUACCACAUCACCUCAUAGCCUUGCAUAAACUACCAUGCAGCUAACAGCAUACAAAGGAUGAAUACAUUGGCAUCCCACGGGAACAUCCCGAAAGCUACCAUACAUUCAUGUACAAACACUUCUUCUCCCACGUCAAUGUCCACCCAUCCAACAUCCACAUCCUAAACGGCAACGCCCCAGACCUCGAAGCCGAAUGCGUUCAAUACGAAGCAGCUAUCAAAGCAGCCGGUGGCAUUGACCUCUUUCUGGGUGGUAUCGGUCCAGAUGGACAUAUAGCCUUCAACGAGCCUGGUUCAUCCAUGGCCUCCCGUACUCGAGUAAAGACAUUAGCAUACGAUACCAUUAUCGCCAACAGCCGCUUCUUCGACAACGACCUCGCCAAAGUCCCCAAGAUGGCCCUAACCGUGGGCGUGCAAACGGUCCUCGAAGCCCGAGAAGUAGUCAUCAUCAUCACCGGCGCGCACAAAUCCCCCGCCCUCAAAAAGUGCAUCGAAGAAGGCGUCAACCACAUGUGGACGCUCUCCAGUCUCCAACUGCACCCCCACCCCAUGAUCGUCGUCGACGAGGACGCAACCCUCGAAUUGCAGGUCAAGACGGUGAAAUACUUCAAGUCCAUCGAAGCCGUCGCUGCCUCGCAGGGCUUCGAGCAAAUCCUGCCCAGUCGAUUUCGUACGGGCCCGAGGAGGGAGGGGAAACCCAUCGAGCCGCUCCUCCCUGAGACGGAGAAGGAGGAGCCGAGUAUUCUCUCCCCGCAGCCGGUUACUAGUACCCUUCUCGCGGCCCCCGCGACGGAGUAUCCUCUUCGGAGUGUGACGCCGGAUUUGGUUUUUGAUCGGAUGGGGAGUCGGAUUGCGGCUUUCUAAAAAAAAAUAUUAAAAAAAUGAUUCUCUUUGUGCAUUUUAGGUUUGGGGUUGGGUGUG